UGCGUGUCCAGGAUGAAAGCGUGUGUGCUGUUUUUGUGCGCGUGUUGCAUGUGUUGGACUGUGAGCGCUCAACAGGCCACAACGUACCUGGUGAGCGCCCCCACGGUUUUGCACUUGGAUGCGCUGGAUACGGUCCUGGUGCAGAUGUUUGGAGUCAGCCAGGAGGUCAGGGUCUACGUCUUCAUCAAGACCUCCAUGGCACCGGACCACCAGGUUCUGUCCCAUCAGGUGGUAACCCUCAACACUCAGAACCUGCACCAGGCCGUCGCGUCCGUGCGGAUCUUAUCAGGCCAGCUGGACAAGAACGUGGAUCAUGUGGUCCUUCACAUCCAAUCGCCGCAGAUCAACCAGCACACGUCACUUCCGGUCAGCCGGCAAAACGGCUUCCUGUUCAUCCAGACUGACAAACCGGUGUACACGCCCACGCAGAGCGUGAAGGUGCGCGCCUUUUCCCUCAACCAGGAGCUUCAUCCGGCCAAUCGCAGCGUCUUCCUCACCUUCAAGGAUCCAGACCGUCAGACUGUGGACGUGCAGGAGAUGUUGGAUCUCAACAACGGGAUCCCGUCCAUGCAGAACCCCUUCAAGAUCCCCAUCAGACCUAAGUUGGGAAUCUGGUCCAUUGAAGCCUCGUAUUCGGACCACUUCAGCACCAAAGCCACAACCCACUUUGAGAUUAGAGAAUAUGUUCUUCCUAGUUUCUCCAUCAUUGUCCAGCCUCAAGUCAACUACAUCAGUUUUGGGAACUUCCAGCGCUUCUGCUUCAAAGUGGAGGCCAGGUAUCUUCACGGUGCUCCAGUAUCCUUUGGGGAACUCUUCCUGCGCUUUGGCUAUGUGAGCCAGAAGGAACUUCCUGUUAUCAUCCCAAACUCUGUUACCAGAGAGAGACUGUCAUCAACCGGUGAGGUGGAUGUGUGUGUGAACAUGGACGAGGUUUUAUCCAGACAUGAUGGACCUAAAGACCUUCACGCUCUCAUUGGGAAGUUCUUGUAUAUUGCUGUGCUGCUUCAGGAGGAAUAUGGUGGUAUCAGCCAGGAGGCGGAGUUUUCAGCUGUGAAGUUUGUCAAAUCACCUUACAGUUUGACUCUGGUGUCCACGCCCCCUUUCAUCAAACCCGGACUUCCUUACAACAUCCAGGUUCUGGUGAAGGACCACCUGGACAAGCCGGUGAGCCAGGUUCCGGUGCGCAUGUCCGAGCAGCGUGUGUGGAGUCCAAGCGACGAGCUCAACGUCAAAGCUUGUCCCGACCACGCCCGCAGCCAAUCGGAUGGCCUCGCCAUCUUUGUGUGCAACACGCCCGGCACGGCCGCCAAGGCCUCACUCACGUUCGAGACGUCGGACCCGUCCCUGCCGGCCGCCAGUCAGGCUCGUCUCAUUCUUACGGCAGUGGCGUACAACUCUCCAAACCAACGCUACCUGUACAUCGACCUGCCGCUGUCGGACCAAGCCCUCCAGGUGGGCCGUUUCGCUAACAUGAAGGUGUACUCGGCCACGCCCGCCUACGUGCCCAUCGACGCGCUCAGCUUUCUGGUCCUGUCCAAAGGCAAGGUGGUCCAUUUUGGCAGCCACAAGUUUGUUGCCAGCGAUGACCACAAGCAAACGCUCAGGUUCCUGGUGACGGACGCCAUGAUUCCGUCUGUACGCCUGCUGGUUUACUACAUCCUGUACGGCGAGGGCGCAUCUGAGCUGGUGGCCGACUCCGUGUGGUUAAAAGUCACGGACACGUGUGUCAACGGACUAGCGACUGACCUGUCAUAUAGGAGGCAGGACUACAGGCCCAAGGAUGACCUCCGGCUAGAUGUCACGACCAAUCAGGAGGGGCUGGUGGCAUUCUCUGCUGUGGACUCUGCCCUCCUCCACCUGUACCCUAACUAUAGAGACCCUGUUACCAUGGUGUUACGGCACAUCGAGCAAAGCGACCUAGGCUGCGGAGGAGGCGGGGGCGAAGACGCGGCAGACGUCUUCAGAUUGGCAGGCCUCACCUUCAUCACCGACGCCAACGCACAGCCGGCACCCAGCGGUGCAGCGUGCACGGCGGCCGUGCGAAGCAAGCGAGCGCUGACGGAAGAGAUGAAGAAAGCGAAGGCUGCCUCGUUCGGACCCCUGAAGCCGUGCUGCGAGCACGGCAUGAAGUACGUCCCCAAGAGCGUGACCUGCCACCAUUUUGCCGAGCAGACCAUCCGCCGGAUGGCGCGGCACGUCCAAUGUCGCCUUGUCUUCACAAAGUGCUGCGAGUUCAUCCAGCUGCACCUGGACCAGGACCCGAACCUCAUCCUGGGCCGCCACGACAUGGGGGCUGACUUCGAUGCGGCACCCUCUCUGGUCAGGAGUUUCUUCCCCGAGAGCUGGCUGUGGGAAGUCCAGCCUACCAGAGGAACUCGGGUGUCCGUCACCAGGACGCUGCCUGACUCUCUGACCACGUGGGAGUUGAAGGCCAUUGGAAUGUUCAGGAACGGUAUUUGCGUGUCAGGUGCCGUGCAGGUGUCGGUGCAGCUGCCGCUCAGCGUGGACGUGCCGCUUCCCUACCAGGUGGUCCGUGGCGAGCAGCUGGAGCUGAGCGGUUCCGUGUACAACCAGCAGGCGGAUGACAUCACGUACUGCGUGACACUGACGGUCGGACCUGAGAUGUGUCUGCUCCGAUCCCAGCCGGCCCCUGCGGGGGCGGGGCGUCGUUCCACCGUCUGCCAAUGGGACCUGCUGGCGGCGAGGGGCGUGGCCAAGGUGGUAUUCACCCUCAUGGGGCUGGAGGCCGGCGAACACACGUUGACCUUCACCUUGAAGACGCAGACACAGGGAACGCAGGACAUCGUGGAGAAGAAACUGCGAGUGGUGCCCGAAGGAGUGAAGAUGGAAGAUUAUUCGGGAGGCAUAUUGGACCCGCAGGGACUCUACGGUUCUGAGAAGAUGACAGUAGUGCUGAAGAACCUUCCGCCAGCCAACAUCGUCCCCAACACGGCCGUGGAGAGAAUGGUGACCAUCAAUGGUGAAGUUCUGGGAGACGUCCUGGCAGUGGUCCUAGACGCCGAAGGCCUCCGACAGCUAGUCGACCUUCCCGGUGGUUCGCUGGAGGCCGAGCUGGGCAGGGUCCUCCCUCUGGCCCAGGUGUACCAGUACCUGGAGACCACUCGGAGCUGGUAUGCCCUUGGCGGAGACAUCCAGAAGAACUCGGCCCGCCUGAGACAGAAAAUCAAAGAAGGCUUGGUCAGCAUGUCUUCUUUCCGACGUGGAGACUCCAGUUACAGCAUGUGGACCAAGAGGGAAGCCAGCACCUGGCUGACGGCAGCGGCGGUUCGGACCUUGGCAUCUGUAGACCCUGCGGUCCAGGUGGACCGCCAAGCUCUGUCAGAAUCUGUGUCCUGGCUGAUCCGGAACUCUCAGAAUCAAGACGGCUCCUUCUCAGACACGUCCACCUACAGGGCCAACAAAUUCAUGGCCGACGGGGCGGAGCCAGUGGAGCGCUCGCUGUACCUGACGUCAUUGGUCCUCAUCGCUCUGCGUCGGGCGACCAGCAUCAGAGAACGUAUCCUGCAACUCGAGUUCCACGACGACAGCAUGAGGUCCGCCGCCGACUACAUUUCCCAGAAUGCCCUGACGGUGAAGAGCGUGUACGUGCGGGCGCUGGCCACGUACGCACUGACGCUUCACAAUCCAAAUGACGCCACCAGCGUCGCACUCCUCAACAGCCUGGAGACGCUGGCGAGGCAGAAAGGACACCCGGCAGUGCUCAGGUACUGGCAGGAGUCCGGCGCGCCAUCGGAUUGGCUCAGACCCGACCAAUCGAGCGGCCUGACAGUGGAGACAACGGCGUACGUGCUGCUUAGCAUGCUGCUUAAGGGCCGGAUCCCGUACGCCAACCCGAUCGUGACUUGGCUGACACAAGAUCAGCACUACGGACAAGGAUUCUACUCUGCGCAGGACACGGUUCUGACUCUGGAGGCUUUGACCGAGUACAGCCAGGUGGUCCGCCGUGCUGACCUUGACCAGGACAUCAACGUCCGCUACGGACACAAAGGAACGUUAGCUCGGGUCCACCUCAGCCUUGGACGCCCAGUGGCCACGCCCAUCCGGGUGUUGAAGAACGAUGACAUCACCGUUUCCACGGGAUUCGGGACAGGCGUGUCAAGUGUCAAGAUGAAGACAGCCUACUACCAGACCACGGCGCCCUCUCGCAACUGUAACUUCGACCUUAGUAUUGAGAUUGUCGGCGCGGACGCGGCAGACAGCCCCAGCAUGCGUGAACCGCACCUGUCCGCAUGUGCCAAGUACAAGCCACCUCCCGACGAGCUGGUCACAGAGUCCACGAUGACUGUGAUGACGAUCGGGCUGCCGAGCGGCGUGGAGGCGCACCUGGAGGACCUGAGACAGUUUCGAGACGCCGAGGAGCCUGUCAUCUCGCACUACGAACUUCAGGGCAACACAGUCGUCAUCCAGAUGGACUCAGUUCCGUCCGACAUGUUUUUGUGCGUCGGCUUUCGAAUCCGCACGGGCUUCAAGGUGGGCGGAGCCAGCGAGUCCCUGUUGACUGUUUCUGAGCCUCAGGACAAAGGAAGUCUCUGUAGCAAACCCUUCUCCUACAAAGAGCAGAAGCUGCAGCGCCUCUGCGUGGCUGAUCAGUGCCAAUGCAUAACAGCCGCGUGUGCGAACUACAGAGCCGAGCCCGACUUGACCUUGACCCCCGCCAAACGUCUCCAGGAAACGUGUCAGCCGCACAUAAAAUACGCUUAUAAACUGAGAGUCAAGUCUUCGAAAACAGAAGGAGACUUUGUGACCUUCACAGCCACCGUACGCGAAGUCCUCAAGAACACCGAUCCAGCCUUCGAGUCGUUGAGUUCGGGCUCGGAGUUGGAUCUCAUCAAGAAGGUGACGUGCGGCCCGGUCCACGUGGAGCUCGACCGGCAGUACCUGCUGACGGGAUCCAGCGGGUCCGAGGUCCAAGCGGGCCGCGCCCCCAGGUUCCGCCUUCCGCUGGACGCGGACGCCACCCUGGAGCCCUGGCCCGCCAAAUGCGAUGAUCCGGCCUGCUCGGCACAGACCGCCAGCAUGGACGAGUACGCGCUGGACCUACAACUCUUCAGCUGUCCGAAGGCCUGAUUGCAUCGUCUGGCAUCAUCGUGUCGUGACGUAAACAUGACAUCAUCAAGGCAAGUGAUGUCAUGACAGCGCCAUCGGGAAUCAACAUGAAAUCACCCUGACGUAUUAUCACAUCGUGACAUCGCUCGUUGACCGUGAUGUCAUGAAACACGAACAGUGACAUCGUGGCAUUUACCGUGACACCGUGAAAUCACCACGACAUCGUAAUGCGACCUCCUCAUGACGACACGCUGCGUUGUGAUCAUAAUAUCAUGACAACAGGAUGUGACACCAUGAAAACAUUUACGAACAGGAAAAGACUUGAUGAGCUUUUUUGACAACACGUGAUGUAUGAUCAUAAUUGGAUGAUGUCACGCUUCAAAUAAACACAAAAGCCAUGAACAAACGGCACGUGUGUCGUUUAGUGAGCAGAAGAUCACGAUGGCUACUUAAGUGGUUACCAUGGAGACAGAGAUUUCAGACUUUUUAUGGAAUCUUCUUCAGACUUCUUCGUGUGUGCCGGUAGUAGGAGCUAAAGGCUAGCUAGCGUGUACGAGUGCUGGUCUCCGUAGCAACCAAGAUGA